AUGGAAGACGAAUUCGAGUUCCCAACUGCUGGAGAAAUGAAUGUCAACAAUGACUUGGAUAUGGACAUGGACGCGGAGCUCCCUGAGGUGACCCCCGUUUUCAAGGUUGGGGAAGAGAGAGAGAUUGGGAAGAGUGGGCUGAAGAAGAAGCUUGUCAAGGAAGGUGAAGGCUGGGAAACUCCUGGGAAAGGAGACGAGGUAGAAGAUUAUUCCCAUCUAUUUUAUAAUGUAGGACAAGUGAUUAAAGGAUGGGAUGAAGGUAUCAAAACUAUGAAGAAAGGUGAACAAGCCAUUUUUACCAUACCUUCUGAGCUGGCUUAUGGGAAGACUGGAUCUUCACCGACAAUCCCUCCCAAUGCAACCCUCCAGUUUGAUGUUGAAUUAAUAUCUUGGACUAGUGUGAAGGACAUUUGCAAGGAUGGAGGCAUAACAAAGAGGAUACUGAAGGAAGGAGAGCAGUGGCAGAAUCCCAAGGAUAUGGAUGAAGUUUUUGUUAAAUAUGUGGCUUGGCUUGAGGAUGGAUCAUUGAUUUCAAAAUCCGACGGGGUGGAGUUCACUGUCAGAGACGAUGCAUUUGGAGAAAUGGGCAAGCUAGCAAGUGGUGUGGAAUGUGCUGUGCCACCCAAUGCCACACUUCAGAUUGAUCUUGAAUUGGUGUCGUGGAAAACUGUUUCAGAAAUUACUAAGGAUAAGAGGGUUUUAAAGAAAAUCAUCAAGGAAGGAGAGGGAUACGAGUGUCCAAAUGAUGGGGCAAUUGUGCAAGUAAAACUAACUGGGAUGCUGGAUGAUGGAACUGUCUUCUUAAAGAAGGGAUAUGAUGAGGAUCCAUUUGAAUUCAAAGUUGAUGAAGAACAAGUUAUUGAUGGACUUGAUAGGGCUGUCAAAACAAUGAAGAAAGGAGAAAUUGCACUUGUGACAAUUGAGCCAAAUUAUGCUUUUGGUUCAUCUGAAUCCUGUCAAGAACUAGCUGUCAUACCUGCCAAUUCUACUGUAUAUUAUGAGGUUGAGAUGGUGUCCUUCGUGAAGGUAUACGGAAGAAAGGAAUCCUGGGAAAUGUAUACAAGUGAGAAGAUAGAAGCCGCGUGUAAGAAGAAGAAGAAGGAAAUGCUCUGUUUAAAGCUGGCAAAUAUGAGAGAGCCUCAAGGAGAUAUGAGAAGUGAUGAGGAGAAGCAACAAGCAAAGUUGCUGAAACUGACCUCCUAUCUGAACAAUGCUGCUUGUAAGCUGAAACUGAAGGAUUACAAGCAGGUGGAGAAGCUCUGUACUAAGGUUUUGGAAAUUGACAGUAGGAAUGUGAAGGCACUCUACAGGAGGGCACAGGCUUAUAUCCAACUUGUUGAUUUGGAUUUGGCAGAAUUGGAUAUAAAGAAAGCCCUUGAAAUUGACCCUGAUAACAGGGAUGUGAAAUCUGAGUAUAGGAUGUUGAAGGAGAAAGUGAAGGAGUACAACAAGGAGGAGGCCCAGUUCUAUGGGAACAUGUUUGCCAAGAUGAACAAAUUAGAGCAAAUUAGAACUGCUAAUAAAGCAGCAAAGCAAGAGGCCGUAUCCAUGCCCAUAGAUAGCAAGGCCUAG